AUGAUGCGUAGGCGUCUUUGGCUUGAGGUUGAGGUCAUUCAUGUGGCAAGAAGUAGGUCCAAAGGUCGUGCUGUCUCGUGACCGAAGAUGAGCCACCUUUGUUUAUCCCAAAGUUUGACUUAUUCCUUCUGGAAGCUUCUGAGGCUUGCAAGAUAUGGUAGCACCUAUCUUACUGUGAAAGUGUAGGGGGCAUUGCAUUGUUUGUUAUUAUUAUGUCGUUUUGUUAUAGAGAGGCUGCGUUUGGGUGCGGCCCUUGUGCUGUCUCUGGCCAACCUGAAGUUGGAGCUCCAGAGACAGCUGGAGGAGGAGAAACUGCCGGAGUCAUUUGAACCGACAGAUGACCCUCCAUAUGAAAGCAGCUCGUCUUCUGAGAGCUGGAGUUCUUCUGAAGACUCCAGUUCUUCAGUGAGCAGCUUGUCGCCGGCAAGUUAUAGCGUGUCGUCAGUGGAGGAUGAAGAAGUGAGUGAUGUCGAUGUUCGUUACUAUGGCGAGUCUGAACAGGCGGAUGAUCGGUCAGAAUCAGAUGUUGAUCGCGAGGUGGAUGAGGCUGACGGUAACGAGAUUGACGGAUAUCAUGCUGAAGGCGAGGAGAGCGAAUCGGAGGAGUGUGUCGAUCCUUAA